CUUUUGUUACAUUGCUGAAAACACAUGAGCAAUAUUUGUGGCAAGUUGCCAACAACUUGCACUCAGUUGGCUAUUUGGGAACCUGCUCUACAACAUAUCUAAAGCGCAUCAAAAUCGGUGAGGUGUGACCUAAAUUGUAUGUUUAUCAAAAAUAUACAAUACACGAUGUAGGUAAAAUUACAUUACAAAAAUUUCUACUUUAUAUUAACAAAGUUUUACAAGACAAGUUUUAUCUGUAUAAAUUAUAGUAAAGUUAUCACAAAUUUAAGUUUUUUAAUAUGUGUCCUUGACUACCACUUACUUUAGAGGAUAAUAAAUAAAAUUAUCGUAUCUUAUAUAAAUCAAAGAAUGAUUUGUAAUUUAAACGGAGAAAAAUGAAAUAUACUUUAUUAUCAUGAGUUUUAUCAUGUGCGUGACUAUUCAAAAUUAUUAUCUGACAUCGACAUAUUCACGAGAGAUUAAUUUAUCUUCUCAAGCACAGCGUGACUCAGAUCAAUUAGAGCCGAUGUCUACAUAGCACAUCGCGCGUUUAGUCGCUGGUUUUUGUCAUCGGAACGCUACCGCACAUUGACAGAGAUCAUCAGACUUCGAAAAUUAUUAAAUCAACAUGAAGAAUUUGCUGUCGAUUCUUUUUGUGAUCCUUGUCUGCGAUCACAUUACUUACGGUUAUCGGAUUCUUGGCGUAUUCCCGAUCACUAGUAAAAGCCAUUGGAUUAUGCAAGAAAGUCUGAUGGUAGGCCUUGCAAGACGCGGUCAUCAAGUGGACGUAGUCACGCACUUUCCGCUAAAGAAAUCGGAACCCAAUUAUAAGGAAAUCAGUCUGGAAGGCAGUAUUGGUUUGACUGUAAAUAACUUAACUGCAAAUGAAAGUCACCAAUUUAAUAAUCUGAACAUGAAACGAUUGACCGAUUUGGCUGGCACAAGGAUCUGUAAUCUGCUGGAUCAUCCGAAGCUGCGUGAUCUACUUGAGAAUCCGCCACAAGAUCCUCCAUAUGAUCUUGUUAUAACAGAGGUACGAUCGAUAUUUUUCAACGCUAACAUGUUUAAUUCAUAUAUGCAGGAAGUACAAAAAUGGUUAGACGAGAGCAAAGAUGGCUGUGUAUAUUUUACAUUCGGUUCUAUGGUGAGAAUCGAAACUUUCCCUAAAGAAAUAAUCGAACAAUUCUAUGCAUCUUUUGAAAAAAUCGCGCCUGUUAGAGUAUUAAUGAAAGUCGUAAAAAAAGAAGACCUACUCCCGGGAUUACCGAAGAAUGUCAUGACGCAAUCUUGGUUUCCACAAAAAACCGUACUAAAACAUAAAAAUAUUAGAGCCUUUAUUACUCACGGUGGAAGUAUGGGAACGCAAGAAGCAAUAUACUUUGGAAUUCCUAUGAUUGGUAUUCCAUUAUUCGGCGAUCAGCGUGUCAACAUUCUAAAUUACGUCAGCAAAAAGGUUGCUAUUUCGCUCGAGAACAUACAAAAUGUUACUGAAGCAGAAUUAACUUUGGCGUUAAAUACUAUCUUGAAAGAUCCUACGUAUCGAUCAAAUGUACAGAAAUUGUCGAAAAUGUUCCUCGAUCGACCAGUAAGUCCUUUAAAUACAUCAAUAUUUUGGGUGGAAUAUAUAGCAAAAUACGGAAGUGUCGCCAGUUUCAACGCCAUACAUUUACAAAAGUGGAACUACAAAGCGACAUCUACUUUCACGCGUAAACGAGGCGGACCAUUACCUUUGUGGGCCUUGGACUAA